AUGGUUAUCAACCCCACCAAUCUCGCAAAGACUACCCGCGUCUCGACCGGCUGGCCGGAUGCCCGCUCUCGAGUAAUAAAAUCUUAUCGGAGCUGGCAGCGAGCUGCCCCAGAGAUCGUAAAGCAGUACCUGCUCCACCUUCCGGCCUCGGCUAUCCGUGCGAAGAUUCGACAGGAGUUUGAGCGGCAUCGCUAUGUGCAGCAGUUGCCGGUGGUGGAUGUGCUCAUCACGAAGAGCAACAUGGAAUUGCAGGAGACGAUGAAUUACUGGAAGCAGAUCCCGCACAUUAUGAAGUACUUCAGGACAGAAGAAGACCCAAGGACCAGGUUAUCUUCGAACUUUAUGAAUAACUUCUUGGAGGGGCGCAAUUAACCACACACCUUUUAUAUGGCCAAUGCCGGGCGGGUAUUGUGGGUGCUUUGAUUUGCUUCCCCGCUUCGUCCGCUAAUGUAUAUCUUUUACAAUAGAAAUAUAACAUGAAGAUACAUAUAAGAAAAA